AUCGCGACCAUUUGCAACCUCUUCCCAAAAAGUGGGAUGGGUCGGGAAGGAAAAUGGUGGAGCAGGUCUGCUCUCUUCUGCCGGAGAAGGACAAAAAAAAGAUGUGGAGACUUUGGAAAAAGUUCAGAGAAGAGCAACUAAGAUGAUCAAAAGCCUGGAGACUAAAACAUACAAAGAACGGCUGCAGGAUUUGAGUUUGUAAAGGAGAGAUGAGGAUGCUGCAGGAAGCCGUUUCCCUUCUCCCAUCUCUUGGAGAGCAGAAAAUGUUGCCCAGGUUAGCCACUGUCCUGAUGGUUCUCGGCAUCCUACCUCUGCCCCUUAGCAGUACCCAGAACUGCCUGAGCAAGCAACACGUUGCAGCCGCCAUCCAACAGAUGCAGAAGCUGCUCUCGGCUCACGAGGAGGCCCAGAUGCGCAGCCUGCGAAGCCUGAAGAAGCAGCUGGCACUCCUGCCAGCCAGUGCCCAGAAGCCGCUGGCCAAGUGGAAUGAGAGCUGCACCCUCCCUUCUGCGCCUACCAAUGGCAGGAGGCUGGGCAGGGGAAGGGCCGUGGGGAACGAGGUCCAUUUUGUCUGCAACCCUGGCUUUGCGCUGACCGGGUCUGAGACUCGGAUCUGCCUGGAGAACAGGACCUGGAGUGGACGGCAGGCCUUCUGCAAAAGCACCAGCCAUUGUGCCAGUCGCCCCUGUGCCAACGGAGGGACCUGCGUGGAUGCCGUCCAUCGUUACAGCUGCUUGUGCCCCAGCGGCUGGUCGGGGAGCAACUGCCAGGCCCCCCUUCAUGCCCAUAGGGCAGCUGUGAGCAACGCAACCUUCAGCCGUCAACCCCGCUGCGUUGAGAAUCCGGGGGGCUCCCGCCAAUGCAGCUGUGAUGCUGGCUUCCUGUUGACAAGGAGAGGCAUGUGUCAAGAUGUGGACGAGUGCCAACUGUACCAGUCCAACUACCACACCCGAAUCUGCCUCCACGAAUGCAUGAACCUACCUGGGUCUUAUCAGUGUACCUGCCCAUCAGGCUAUCGGUUUCAGGCUGAGCAGAACAUAUGCAGCGAUGUGGAUGAAUGUGCCACAAAUCAAGACAACUGCAGCCGCGGACAGAUUUGCGUCAACGUCUUUGGGGGCUUCCGUUGCGUGAAACCCGAAUGCCCCAAGACUCAGUUCAACACAACCUACGUCAAGACAUCGGCCUCGCAGUGUGAACGGAGCCCUUGCCCCAUGGGCAGCCAAGCCUGCCAGAAAGCCGCCCAUGCCAUCUCCUUCCACUACCUGCCCCUCCAGUCCAACCACUCCGUGCCCUGGGUCCUUUUCAAGAUGUCUACCAGCCGCUCUCUGGGGGACAGCCUGCGCUUCGCCCUCCUGGGGGGCAACAGCCAGGGAAGGCUUGCUGUCCAGCGCUCAGACCAGCACACGGGGGAACUAGUGCUGACCCGCUCAGUCCUGGGCCCAGCGAUCCUGGAGGCCGAGGUGGAAAUGAGCGAAUUUGCCCAGAAGAUCCUUCUAGGGAAGCACAUCUUCAAGGUCACGGUGUUGGUUUCCCAGUAUGAAUUCUGAGCCCCUUUGAAACCCUGUCGGGCCUUGGAGAAGCCCAGGACCAGAUGUGGCAGGAACUUUGAGGGUGCAGUUUUCUACGCCAGGGGUCUCCAACCUUGGCCACUUUUAAGACUUGUGGACUUCAACUCGCAGAAUUCCUCAGCCAGCUUUUUCUUUCAAGAUUAAUUAAUGGGGAUUGGUGUCUCCGGACUUUGCCCGUAGCGUUUUUGAAUUUCUUGAAGGACUCCCUGAUCUUCCUCAUCUUACUGACAAACCAGGGGGAUCAGUUCUCUGGGAACAGAUGUUCCAGAUCAGGGGGUCUCCAUCCUUCGCAACGUUAAGCCUGGCGGACUUCAAGUCCCAGAAUUCCCCAACCAGCUUUGCUGUCCAAUUGAAGUCCACAAGUCUUAACGUUGCCAAGGUUGGAGACCCCUGCUCUAUGCAGAAUGGGCCAUAAAAGCACCGUUAUUAAGAACAGCUGCCUGCAAUUACUGCAGGUUCGAAUCUCGCCAAGGCUCAAGGUUGACUCAGCCUUCCAUCCUAGGUAGGUAAAUUGAGGAUCCAGUUGUGGGGGCGAUAAGCUGACUGUAUAAAUAUACAAAAGAAUGAAGGCUAUUGCUUAGCGCAUUGUAAGCCGCCCUGAGUCUCCGGAGAAGGGCGGCAUAUAAAUCAAAUUUUUAAAAAAAGGCCAAACAAUCCUUGAUCUGCUGAACCGGACACUCCUCUCUCCUGUCCAUGUGGCUGGACCCUUUCCCCACGAUAUGGUCCCUUUGAGAGGCUUUGUGGAGAAGCGAUGGGAAGCCCCUGGAGGAAGACCAGCCACAGCAACUGGAGUUCUUGCAACAAGCUGGCAGAAACAGCUGGGAGGCACAUAAAUCCUUUGCAGGCAAGAACAACUCCCAGGAAGGGCCAGUGGGCUUUACCAGAUGUAGCUGCUCCCCUCAGCCCGAAGGCAAGUUUUUGUGCUGCUUUUAAGCACAAGAAGGCCAAGUGGCACAAAGACCUGCAGAGCUUGGAAAUCCAGCUUGGGAUGUGGGUAAAAAGAGCCGUUCAGGAUUGCAACCUUUUCGGCCUGGUCAGAGAGGACGCUGCUAGCAUUUAUUCCCCAUUUGGGUGAAAAGAGACGGAUACUUUUCUGGACCAUCAUAAUCGCCACAUUCCAUCAAGAGCUGGGUGGCUGCGACACCUUUGGGCAGGAAUUGGUUUGGUGGUUUUUGAAUAACUUGCCUCCCAUCCUAGCUGGGAAUCAUUUACAGGCAUCUGCAUUAAAACAGCCUCGCUCAGAUUUGAUGCAAGUGGACCCUGUUUAUAAGCAAACCAAAGUUGAUGUAUAGAUAGCCGUUAUUAAAAUACAGAGUUUUGUCGUCA